CGGAACGCCGGAAGUGGUGGCGGGUGAAGCGGGGAUAGGAGUGGUUAUAGAAGGUCUGAAGAAGGGUCUCACCCAUGCCUUCUCUCUAGAGAUAUCGCCUGUCCUGCUGAGUUACUCCAGCGUUUUUUGUAUCAAUUUGCGAUCAGAGGAGGUCUCCUUGUGACGUCAGAUCGAUCUUUGCCCGGGGUUCCCUUGGUUACCGUUCGGCGCCCCCGCCUAGCGACUGCCAGCGUGGAUACAGCUCCCAUGCAAUGCAUGAGCCCCACAGCAAAGAGCCUAUAGUGGAGCGGGGAUCUUUGCCCCACAGUGCACAGUGUAACUGGACGUCUACUGGUCAAAGGCUUGCAUGGUGCUGCCACCAGUUCCCAUAAAUGAUCAGUUGAAGGAAGUCCAAACUAUUGGAAAGGCGGUGGCUGCUUUUGAAACUGAAAAUGAUGAGAAAUCUCGGAUUCCGUGGCCAGAGAAACCAUUGAUGUUUCAGGUCAAAAACACCCUCGUCAGCACAAGAGUCUUUGAACUUUGAACCGAUGCUAAUUGUUUCAUCCAAUUCUGAGGACGAAGUUAUGGAACCGCAGUGCAAAAGGAGAAAAACUGACGCAUUCGGCACUUACACUUGGGAGUUGGUACCUGUACUUUCAGACGAGAAUUCUUGUGAAGUCAAACUUCUGGAUGCAUAUGCAGCCCCCAUUAUCAAUAAAAAGCAAACAUCUGCUCUUGUUAAACGCCUGUCUGACAUCUAUCCACUGAGCAACCUUCCACAUAUCAAGAGAGUACGACCAUGCAGGGACAAGAAAAGUGGUCAUCCUUUAGAAAUCAUUAUUUGUCUACAUGGUGACUUGAAUGGCGCAGGUGCACUAAAUGGAGAUGUGUCUCUUGCUGAUCUCUUUCCUGAAAUAAAUGUUGAUGUCAUUGGUCUUGGAGAACCUUUCCAGGUCAAGAUACCAGCACACCAACCACUGACUAGACCACAAUUUGAAGUCGCUUGCCAGCACUGGCCUACAUCGUUCCAUGAAAACAAGCAAAUGACCGACGCCCUCCGCGGCCAACUGUUUAACAGUGAAGAGAAAGCAAAGAUGCAAACUUUCAUGGAGAAAGCCAUUGAAGCUGCAAAAGCGGGAAAGGAACUGGGGAUGGAACCAGUCGGUGCCGUGGUGGUUAAUCCAGCAUCUGACACGAUAAUAGCUGUAGGGCAUGACUGCAGAAACGGACCAAAUCCUUUGCUUCAUGCAGUUAUGGUGUGUAUUGAUCAGGUUGCUCAUGGGCAAGGUGGUGGUGCUUUUAAUCAUGACAUGCAUUCUAACUGUCAUUUUGCCUCGGCAGAACCUUUUCUAGGUGAUGAUACAAUCAGUACUGCUAAACCUUUGCUUCUGUUGGAUGACCAUAUUCCACAAGGAACUGUGGCAAAUGCAUUGCCUUAUAUAUGCACUGGGUAUGACUUGUAUGUCACCAGAGAACCCUGUGUGAUGUGUGCGAUGGCACUGGUACAUUCCAGAAUACACAGAGUUUUUUAUGCAACUUCCUCUCCAGAUGGUGCAUUGGGGACUAAAUAUAAAAUACAUACAAGAAAAGAUCUUAAUCAUCAUUACAUUGUUUUUAAAGGACUGGUUGAAAAGGAAUGUCAGUUUCUUUCAUAAUGUUAUCAGAUUUACUUCUUGCAUUGGAGGCAGCAGAAGUCUGCAGCAGGGUGAUGCCAUCUGGUUUGACAUCCGUAGGUGCCCGCCCUAAUGAGGGCGCAUGCUCCGGGUUGGCGCCAAGCUGCGGCGCUGCUGCUUUCUCUGUUUGUUGUCGUUUGCCUGACUGAGGUCAGUUUACAGGGCUCACCACGGGGAGGUCGACAACAUGAGCCCCAUCCGAUUUACUUAAAUAACUGGAUGAAAUAUUUUUAUAGUAUUUUAUUUUGUAAGACUGUUAUAACUUAAAAUGUUGUUACUUAUUAAACAUCAAUCUCUUUUUGAU